AGGAGGAGAGUGACAACGCCUGAGUUUCAAUGAAAGCCAAAUUGGCAAUUUAAUUCAGGCAGAAUCUGAGGACAACCGUAAUUGCCUUGCGUCGGCAACGCUCAUUCUUCAAGUGCAAGACGCAAGUUUGGGCUUUGAGCAAGUGUGGGCACAGCUUUUCAGCAUGGCUGGCAUCGAUGAACCACAUGGAAAGAAACUGAGAGAAAUGCUAAGCCAGAAUGCCCUGUUUGGGAUGGGGAACCCCUUGUUGGACAUCUCCGCUGUGGUGGAUAAGGACUUCUUGGACAAGUAUGGACUGAAGCCAAACGACCAGAUCCUGGCUGAAGACAAGCACAAGGAGAUGUUUGAGGAGAUUGCCAAGAAGAGUAAGGUGGAGUACCACGCCGGCGGCUCGACUCAGAACUCCGUCAAAAUCGCCCAGUGGAUGAUCCAGGAGCCCCAUAAGGUCGCGACCUUUUUCGGCUGCAUCGGUACCGAUCGCUUUGGUGAGAUCCUGAAGCAGAAGGCAGAGGAGGCCCAUGUCGACGCCCACUACUACGAACAGAGCCAGGAACCCACGGGCACCUGCGCUGCCGCUAUAACUGGAGAGAACAGGUCCCUGGUGGCUAACCUGGCGGCAGCUAACUGCUACAGCAAGGAGAAGCACCUGGACCUGGAUGCUAACUGGGGGCUCGUUGAGAAGGCCAAGGUGUACUACAUCGCUGGUUUCUUCCUGACGGUGUCUCCGGACUCCAUCCUGAAGGUGGCCAAGCACGCCUCCGAGAACAACAAGAUCUUCGGCCUGAACCUGUCGGCCCCCUUCGUCAGCCAGUUCUUCAAGGAGCCGCUCAUGAACGUCCUGCCCUACGUCGACAUCCUCUUCGGAAACGAGACGGAGGCCGCCACGUUCGCCCGGGAGCAAGGAUUCGAGACGGAGGACAUUGCUGAAAUCGCGCGUAAGGUGCAGAGCUUGCCCAAAGUCAACAAGAACCGCCAGCGGAUCGUCGUCUUCACACAGGGCAAGGAGGACACCGUGGCCACCACAGGUGAUAACGUGACCAGGUACCCAGUGAUCGACAUUGACCAGAAUGCCAUAGUGGACACCAAUGGGGCCGGAGACGCAUUUGUUGGAGGCUUCCUGUCCGAACUGGUUCAGGAGAAGGCUCUGGACCAGUGCAUCCGCGCCGGACACUACGCCGCUAACGUCAUCAUCCAACGCGCAGGAUGCACCUUCCCCGACAAGCCUGACUUCCAAUAACCUCAACCAACCACCCAUAAUGCAUCUCUUCCUCUUCCACCUCCUGUAACUCACCUAAACACUGUGUGUUUCUUUAUUCUCUCUCUCUGUCUGUCUCUCUUACUUUCUCUCUCUCUUUUUCUCUCUCUCUGUAGCUUUCUUCAUCUCUUCUCUCACUCUAGCCCUCUCUGCCAACACUUUCCUUUUCUGUCUUGUUCAUCCCUUCAUCUCCUCUGUCUUUCUUGUCUACUCUCUCUUCCAACCAUCUUUCUCUCUUUGCUCUCUUUAUUUUCUGUCAGUCUUUCGGUCUGUACCUCACUUACUUUUCGUACUUUCCAACACUCCUGUUUUGUAUUUUUUUUCCCAGUCUCUUCAGUUUUUAACUUUGCCUGCACCACAGACGUCAGUGUGCCUCUACUUUAUUGUUUUUUUGUUUACAGCUUUUCUAUUUCUUGACAGCACUCCACAGAUGUAUUUGCGAAAUGUGUGCAUUCAGUGCAUCACAAUGAGAUUAAUUCCAAUGUAACUGUGUGACAGUGAUGCUCAAUUUCAGCUCCCGAUGUCAAAAUCAAAACCACAUUAGCCAUUUCAAACACUCGCAUAUUAAAUAUUGACCUUACUGAAUUGGAAGAAUGGGGGGGCAAAAAAAAGGCAUCUUGUCAUGUGCGCAUACAAAGAACUCUCUAGCCUAUGUAGUAAGCAUUGCCAUAAAUGUCAUAUUUAUAGUUUGAAGGGCAAGAGGUGGUGAAGUUAAAUCAUUGUUGUGAUGCACAGGAUGUAUGUCGAAACGCACAAUUGAGUAUUUAAAGAAGAAAAGAGACAAGGUCAGUGUUUGACCUCUGGUGAAAGCCAAGGACACUGUUUGACCUCUGGUGUAUGCCAAGGUCACGGUUUGACCUCUGGUGAAUGCCAAGGACACUGUUUGACCCCUGGUGAAGGCCAAGGACACUGUUUGACCUCUGGUGAAUGCCAAGGUCUGUCUGCAUGCCUUUUAACGUGUUGGUCUCUGUAACACAAUCAGACAAGAAUUGAAAUAAAUGUAAAGAAAAUGAAAAA